UUCAUAGAUUAGUCUUACUCUUUGUCGUUUCGUAUCAAUAAAAAGUAAUUGAGUUUAAAGAAAGCACAUUGGAACAUCUGACUUAUGGAGCAUCAAACAGUCGGAGGAAGUGUAUGAUCUGUCAUUGAUUCAAAGUAUGUCUGUGUGGUAUUUGAUGAAUAGGUUAGAAUCUGGAAAAUCUCGACGUUAUCCAUGCGCGGAAUCUCUACGUCGAUAAGGCUCGAUGGCGUUGGUAGUAGAGUUACCAUUACUUACUCAUCAGAGCACUCGUUAAUUCUUCAGUUGAGGAAAUUUUAGGUGCAGUUUGCCAGUAGUCUGAUCAAGACGUCAGUAGACACUUCACGCAAACUGAUACUUUGUAAACACUUAUAAAAAAGAUCCGGGAGGAUGCCAUCGUGUUUAUCUUGUCUAACGCCGCGUGGAGCGCGUCAGCGGUCUACGAAAUCGGAUAGUUCAGAUCAGGAAAAUGGAUCUCAGAGCAAAAUUCUUCGGCGUCCACAUCCUCCGUUUAACUUUCCUCCGCCAAACGCCAGUCUUGGUGAUUACAUUCUGAAGAAGCUAUCCACCAUGCCCGAUUUUGUUGCUCAGGUGGAUUCGACUACUGAACGUGAAGACACCUAUGGGCAAAUGAAAGAUCGCAGUAUACGAACAGCUCUAUGGCUUAGAAAUCAUGGGAUAAGCCCAGGCGACGUCGUGGUCGUCUGUUCGCACAAUCACUGCGAUUCCGUCAUCCCGGUCUACGCAGCUUUGUACUGUGCUGCGACAAUGAUGCCUUGGGAUCCAAUACUGAACACAAAGGACCUGAAAUAUUUGAUAUCGUUAUGCCCGCCAACAUUUAUUUUCUGUGAUAUGGAAUCGGUGUGUACCAUUCGCGUUGUAUUGCGUGAGUCGAAAUGUAAUGCAAAGGUCAUAGUUUUUGGUGAACACCACGAUUGCAUUUCUUAUGAGAAAGAGGUACUCAAGACGGAGCUCACAAAGGACUUUAAAUGCACACAAUUUGAUGAUGUUGAACAAGUUGCCGUGAUCGUUUGCAGCAGCGGAAGUGUAGGUAUGCCAAAGGCCGUCGAGCAUACCCAUAGAAACCUCUUGGUGCAACUUAGUGUCGUGUCGUAUUUAAAUAUUGAUAGAAAGACCACUAUGGUAUUAUCUUCCCUUUACUGGAUCUCCGGGACAGUCGCAACAUUCGUUAGUCUCGCGUGCAACCUAAAGUGCAUUAUUGUACCAACUUUUGAGGAACAGACUGCUUGCAAACUAGUCGAAAAAUACAGCGUGAAUUGGAUUCUUAUGGGCACAAGCGUCCUGCUUCGAUUAAUUCAUUCAGGCUAUCUUGAGAAAUAUGACAUGUCUAGUGUAGAAAAGAUAUCUGCAGCUGGCGGUGUUGUUUCCUCCGAAGCGUUCGGUCUCUUGAAAAAAGCAAUGCCUCGUGUUCAAAUCAUCCUCGGCUAUGGUAUGACAGAGUUAUGUGGAGUAGCGACGAUUCAGGACCCUACCUCGAAGCCUGGUUCUUGCGGUAAACUGAUCAUAGGCAUAGCACUCAAAGUGAUUGACCUUGAACGCGGGGAGAUCCUUGGUCCAGGCGAAAUUGGUGAACUCUGUUGGCAAAGUCCUUGCAUUAUGAAAGGAUACCGCAACAAUCCCGAGGAGACUUUGAAUGCCAUUGAUUCUGAGAACUGGUUGCAUUCUGGAGAUAUCGGUUAUUACGAUAGCGACGGUGAUAUUUUUAUCGUCGAUAGGUUGCGUGAGAUGAUAAAGUAUCGAGGUAAUCAAAUUGCACCAGCAGAAAUUGAAAAUAUCAUCCGUAGACAUCCGGGUGUAAAAGAUUGCGUAGUCGUCGGAAAACCUCACAAGGUUGAUGGAGAACAUCCGGUUGCCUUUAUUGUGCGAAGAGAAGGUAUCCAAGUAACGGAAAAAGAAAUAAUUGAUUUAGUUGCUGCUGAAGUCAUUGAGAGAAAGCAACUGAGAGGGGGAGUGAGAUUCCUUGACGAGUUUCCAUUGACUCCUACUGGGAAGCCAAAACGUCUUGCUCUAAGAGAAAUUCUCAGAAAUGAAAAUAAGUAGAAAAAGAAUCGUUUAAACAAUUAUCUGAUGAGUUAAUUAAUUUUUAACUAUUAGAAUGAAAUAGAGCUACGAUUAUUUCCAAGAAGAUAGAAGGUUUGGUUCACGUUCGCUGGGCGGGGGGAGGUUAUGAUUAUAUUUUGGUCACAAUCGCAGUUGCAACUUUACUUGCUUCCUGGCUAGCCAAAAUACAACUGAUGUAAAAGCAAAGACUUACUAUAUAUCUGUAAAGAAUAGAGAGGUAGAAGUAUAUGACUUGCGUUUGCGACGUAAACCGAGCAAGGACGACCGUAAACACGGGAUUUUUUAACAGUAAACCUACCGACAAUUUUUCCUAAUCGUAUUUUUGGCUUCAAAAGGAUCAAAUGACGCGUUGAUCGUAGGUUUAGCGUUAAUAAGGUCAAUCUAUUAAACUCAAGCAUGGUGCCAUCCCGUGUCAAUUAUCUUACAAUCAUAAUGAGAGAAAUUGUGCAAUCGAGAAUCCAUUUUUCAUGCUAUCAUCGUUCAAUGACCUAUCAUACGUCCAAUUAAACAUUAAAUAAAAAACGUAAUAAAGAAAAAAGUCCUUUCAGCA